AUGGACACCGUGAAGAUCCUGGAGCCGUGCAUCCAGGCCCUCGGCUCCAAGGAUUCACAGCAGCGCAAUGAGGCCACGAAAAGACUGGCCACCCUCAUGAAGGAGCACCAUCUCUUUCCCAUCUCGCUGAUCAAGAUGAACGGAUUGAAGCCCCUGAUCCGCCUCCUUGGCAGCAAGGAAGCUGCGAGUGGGGAGAAGGCAUAUGCCGCUCUCACGCUGGGGCUCAUUGCCAAGAACAACGUCAAGCAUCAGGAGGCCAUUGGAGCGCCGGGCCUGACGGCCUUGGUGAAGUUGCUCAAGGAGGGCAAGGCAGUGGAGCGGAGUCAGGCCACCUUUGCGCUGGCGCAGCUACUCCAGGGACAGCCCAGGUAUCAGGUGGCACUGGUGAAGCUGGGUGCCUUGCCGCUGCUGGUGCAACAACUCUCAGGUGAGACGGAGGGGGACUUCGGCAGCGCAGCCUUCGCGCUGGCAAUGCUGGCGCAGAACAUCGAGGCCCAUCAGACGGCCAUCCGCCUGGAGGGCGCCGUAGAGGUCUUAGCCUCUCGGCUCCACGGGGAGAGCUCCGGGGAUCGCAUCGACGCGGCCUUCGCCCUGGCGCACCUGGCCACAGGUCAUGCAAAGAACCAAGAGGCCAUCUUUGAGGCCGAGGUGGUAGAGGGCUUGAUGCUGCUACUGAACUCAAGCUUCCUGGCGGAGCGCAUGAAUGCGAUGCUGGCGAUUACUCGCAUUGCAGAUGACUAUGAGCCAGCUCAGACUGCAUUUGGGGAAGUGGGUGCCAUUGCAUCCUUGGUCAAGGCUCUGCAGUGCAAUACUGCGCGUCAAGCAGCUUUGAUUGCGCUGCACUCCGUGGCCAAGUCUCAUGCGGAGAACCAGCAGGCCAUAGUCCAAUCUGGUGCUCUCGAGACCUUGGUGCGGCAGCUGCGGACCGGCAUGCGCGCAGAACGCCGCCACGCCGCGUUGAUCCUCUCCACCAUGGUGGAAAGCAACGAAGAGGUGGUGCAGAUGGUGGACCAGCUGGGUGGCACCAUUCCUCUGCGGCGGGAGCAGAGCCUGCUGUGA